AUGACCUGUGCGGGGCGUCUCCGAAAGAGGCCCAUUUGGCUCCGAAAAGUCCAGCGCCUGCACCAGCGAGUUCCCGGCUUGAAGAAGAUCCCGCUCGAGUCUCUCGCCAUCAUCGGCCUGCUGAUCUUGGUCAACGCUGUAGUCUGGAUCGCCGUAGCUAUUGUCCUGCGUUUCUACCCCACCUUGGCCCCCAAUGCCGUGCUGGCUUGGUCCCUUGGCUUGCGCCAUGCCUUUGACGCGGACCAUAUCUCCGCCAUCGAUUUGAUGACGCGAAGACUGCUGGCAACGGGCCAAAAGGCCGUCACGGUCGGAACCUUCUUCUCCCUCGGUCACUCGACCAUCGUCAUCAUCACAUCCAUUGUCGUAGCCGCAACUGCCGCCGCCAUCUCCACCCGCUUCGACAACUUCAGCACCGUCGGCGGCAUCAUCGGCACCUCCGUCAGUGCCGCCUUCCUCUUCGUGCUCGGCUUAAUGAACGCUUACAUCCUGUACAAGCUCGUCGUGCAGCUGAAAAAGGUGCUUCGGCUGCCGGCGGGGCAUGAGGAUGAGAUUUGGAAGAUUGAGGGGGGUGGGAUCUUGUUUAGGAUUUUGAAGAAGAUGUUUAAGCUGAUUGACCGCCCCUGGAAGAUGUACCCGUUGGGCGUUUUGUUCGGUCUCGGUUUCGACACCUCUUCGGAAAUUGCCCUCCUGGGCAUUUCCUCCAUCGAGGCCGCCAAAGGAACCGACAUUUGGGUCAUUCUCAUCUUCCCCGUCCUCUUCACAUCCGGCAUGUGCCUCCUCGACACUACCGACGGAGCCUUAAUGCUCGCCCUCUACGUCCAACCCGCAGCAAACUUCCUCCCUCCCAAGCCCGACACAGAGCCCCUCGUCGGAGACGAAGAGGCUGUCGAGGCGGUCAACGACGGACCCAGGCAGAACACCUUCCGCGACCCCAUCGCCUUUCUCUACUACUCUAUCGUCCUCACCUGCCUCACCGUCCUCGUCGCCAUCGUCAUCGGUGUCAUCCAGGUCCUCUCGCUCGUCCUCAACGUGGCGAGUCCCACGCCGACGGGCAAAUUUUGGGAGGGCGUCGAGACGGCUGGGGAGUAUUAUGAUGCGAUUGGAGGUGGGAUUGCGGGGUGUUUUGUUGUUGUGGCGGUGUUGAGCGUUGUUGCUUAUAAGCCGUGGAGGCGGUGGGUUGGGGAGAGACAUGGGAAGCCUCUUCCCUCUGGGAAUGAGGGGGGUAUGGUCUUAGUGCCUGCUGCGAAUGCAUCCGAGGGUGCAUUGCAAGCAGUGGAAAAGGGCGGGUCGGGGCCAGCAGAGGUCAAGCAGAAUGACAAACAGACUGGCGUCGACCCGUUCGACAAGUGA